GUGUAAUUUGAAGAAAAGAGAACAAAGAAAUCAGAGAGUAUAAAAUCACCAGCGCUUGUAAGCUCUUCAGUCUAACAGACAGGCGCGCGCGCUCUCUCUGCCUUCCCUCGCGCUCGUGUAGUUUAAAGUGCCCCACGCGCAGGUGGUGCGUGCGGCUCAGGUUCAGAGUCAGACCUCAGGAUGAUGCGAUGUGCUCAGCUCCUCGCAGCAGUUUUAUUCUGCUUAGUGUGCAUUCAUUCUUUACCGGUGCCAGAAGGAAAGAACAGCCACAUGGACAAAGCUGCUGCGGACUGGUCUCAAAAGACACAUCACCAUGGCCUGAAGAAAAGGGGCAAACUUCAUCAGGUUCAGGACACUCUGAGUGAAGUCUUUGGCAGUAAGAGAGUGCAGCCACACUUGGCUCAUCCGAAGAAUGGCACUGAAUUCUGGAACAGACCUCGCUGUGGAGUACCAGACUACCCAUCACAGAAGGGGGGGAGCGCCUUUCAUUACUCAACCCUCAAAGGAGGCUUGCUUGGGGGUCGUCAUCGGCAAAAACGCUUUGUUUUGUUUGGAGGACGCUGGGACAAGACAGAUCUCACCUACAAGAUCAUGCGCACCCCUUGGCAGAUGAGUUUAGAGAAAGUCAGACAUGUGAUGCAAGAGGCGCUGCGGGUCUGGAGUGACGUCACCUCUCUCACCUUUACUGAGAUCACCAGUGGCCGGGCGGAUAUCAUAAUCGACUUCAACUGGUACUGGCAUGGAGACAAUCUUCCUUUUGAUGGCCCAGGAGGAAUUCUUGCCCAUGCCUUCUUUCCACGAACGUAUAAGGAGGGCGAUAUUCACUUUGACUAUGAUGAGUCUUGGACAGUGGGCAACAGUAUGGGUACGGACCUCCUACAGGUAGCUGUUCAUGAGUUUGGUCAUGUUUUAGGAUUGCAGCACUCCAUGGAACCAGGCGCAGUGAUGUCUCCUUUUUACACAUUUUCUUACCCGCUCCAGCUGAGUGAGGAUGACAAGCGGGGCAUACAGUCCCUAUAUGGGUCAAAACACUCAGAUGAGAAAAGGAAGAAGGAGAGGCCACCUAAAUUCACAGAAACCAAUGAGAUUGAAAGCAUAGUGCCUGAUGCUUGCCAAACAGACUUCGAUGCUGUAUCUAUGAUCCGAGGGGAGCUGUUUUUUUUCAAGUCAGGUUACGUAUGGCGGAUCCGUAAUGGUAAACUCCAGGCUGGAUAUCCUGCACUGGCAACCAGGCACUGGAGAGGAAUACCAGACAACAUUGAUGCUGCUUUUGAGGACAGGUCUGGAAAUAUCUGGUUCUUUCAAGGCCAGAUUUACUGGGUGUUUGACGCAGAGCGGCAGAUCACUGGCCCAGAUUCAGUACAGCGGCUGGGUCUAACAGUGACUGACAUCCAGGCGGCCCUCAUGUGGGGAGAAGACAAGGCCCAGAAGAUCUACUUCUUCAAGUCGGGAAGCUACUGGCGUUUCAACCUGUUGGAUAACAGCUUAGACACAACACACGCUCGCAGCAUGACGGACUGGAGAGGCAUACCGAAUGACAUAGACGCUGCUUUCCAGGACCGUUACGGAUUUGCACACUUCUUGAAAGGAAAUCAGUACUGGAAGUUUGACCCAGUGGAAGUGCGGGUGCUCGAGGGAUAUCCGCGCUAUAUCGGCAUGGAUUUCUUCAGUUGCUCUGCAUCCCUGUAUCGAUAAAUUUUGUGCCCAGCUAGACAUAAUUCAUCCCAAAUUCAUCACUGGGGUCUUUUUUCAAAACUAGUACCCUCCACACAGUUACAAAUCUGAUCAAGGUCGUACUAAUCAUUGAACUGCAGGAUUUCUUUUUAGGUAGAGUGUCAGAUAUUGCAGUAUUUUCAUAUUUAACCACUGGACAAAGCUGUUUUCUGUCAUUUCAAGCAGGUACUGUGUAACUGCUUGAUCUAUAACUCAAGGUGCUAUAGCAUGUUUACUGUGCCACUUCUUUUUGAAUGAAACCUGAAAUUGUUGCUAAAUAUUCUCAUCUGCAAAAUAAUGAAAUCACAACAACUCUUUUCUCAGGAAAAGCAGGAAUCUUUGGCCUUAAAAUGCUUUUCUUACUUAUUGUGUGAUUAAUUAUUUAUUAUGAGUGUAUUUUGUUGCCAGUGUUGAUAGAAUUUGGAAAAUAUAACGGCAAUUCUUCUUGAGUAAUACUGUAAAUUGUGCCAUCAUAUAAAUUAUAGUAGUUUUAAAUCAAUGCCCAUAUUUCAAAUUUCACUGUCAACAUUUCUUAUAUAAGAACAUUGCUUGCAUCAGCAUUUUAUUAUGGAGGCACUUUUGGUACAAAUAUAGAUGCUACAACAUUAUAGAAGAUUAAUACCUCAAAUAAUACAGUUUCGCUGCCAAAUAUUUCAUAAUUUGAGUCUUUCUAAUGACUCACUGUGUUCACUUGGCUUUCCACUUUGGCCUGUUUUCCAGUAGCGUUUGCCCCCUCACAGUAGUGGUUAUUUUUAUGAAGAUAUUCUUAAAUAGCACAUAUGUAUAUGUGCUAACAUUUCAUAAGUCUGUCUGUCAUUAGUUCUCAGACCAGAGUAAAUGUAACCAUUUGUUUUAUGGACUUUUAUAUUUUAGAUGUACAAUACUUGGCAACCAACAGUACAGUGACUUGGGACCUACCACAAUAAAAUUGCUCUCAGUCUGAACGCCCCUUUAGGCCUACCCUAAUGGGAUAGUUCACCAAAAAUGAAAAUUCUCUCAUCAUUUACUCGCCCUCAUGCCAUCCCAGAUGAUGAUUUUUAGAAGAAUAUUUCAGCACUGUAGGUCCAUACAAUUCAAAUGAAUGGUGGCCAGAACUUUGAAGGUCCAAAAAGCAUAUAAAGGUAGUGUAAAAGUAAUCCGCAUGACUCCAGUUGUUAAAUCGAUAUAUUCACAAGCGAUAUGAUAGGUGUGGGUGAGAAACAGAUAAAUAUUUAAGUCCUUUUUUACUAUUAAUCUCCACUUUCACUUUCUUCUUCUCCUUCUUUUUUUUUUUUUUUUUUUUUGCAAUUCGCAUUCAUUGUGCAUAUCGCCACCUACUGGGCAGGGAGGGGAAUUUAUAGAAAAAAAGGACUUCAAUAUUUAUCUGUUUCUCACCCACACCUAUCAUGUUUCUUCUGAAGAUAUGGAUUUAACCACUGGAGUCAUAUGGAUUACUUUUACACUACCUUUAUGUGACAUUUAAGUCUGGAAGAAGACUUGUGAAGACCUGUUCUUAAAUGGUGAUAAUGUAUAGUAUGUUCCAUUGCAGGCCACUGAUGCUGUUGUUUCAGUCUCUUUUCAGAUCAAGUGUUAAAUAAUUACAAAAAACUUUCUGUAUUGUGGAGCUAUGAAAUUCUCAUAGUCUUUAUAUAGCACUGGCAAUGAUUGUUUUGAACAAAGGACAUUGUACACCUUUCAUCCUCUGUUAUUAUAAUGCUCUGUAUGUCAUGUAAUCAACUCUUUCUCUAAUUGUUUUUAAUGAUCCAUUUACUGUGUAAAUACUUUGUAAAAAGAAUUGUAUUAUACAUAUUUUCAGCUUUAAUAAAAGCAUUUCUU